GAGAGAGAGAGAAAGAGAGAGAGAGACACACACACACACACACACAACGAGGGAACCCCAUCAGCUGGAAGUCGAGUAACAUUACAACUCUCAGCAGCCUGAAACUACUACAAUACACAGACGAGGAAUUCACGUCUUCUUUGAACAUUUAACCCGCGUCAGAUCACGGGUUUUUCGCUCUCUAUCGUCAUCCUUUUCUGCUUUUAUUUCCACGGAGACUGUUUGCUGUUGUUUUUUUAGAGGGGGGGGGACCAAACUGGCGAGAGCGAGGCGAGCAUGGAGUAUUUCAUGGUACCAGCUCAGAAGGUGCCCUCCUUACAACAUUUCAGGAAAACGGAGAAAGAAGUGAUUGGGGGCCUUUGUAGUCUGGCCAACAUUCCUCUGACCCCAGAAACAGCCCGAGACCAAGAGAGGCGAAUUCGCAGAGAGAUUGCCAACAGCAACGAGCGUCGGCGUAUGCAGAGCAUCAAUGCAGGAUUCCAGUCACUAAAAACACUCAUCCCACACAGCGAUGGAGAGAAGCUCAGCAAGGCUGCCAUCCUGCAACAGACAGCAGACUACAUUUUUGCUUUGGAGCAGGAGAAGACGCGGUUAUUGCAGCAGAACAACCAGCUCAAACGAAUCAUACAAGAGUUGAGCGGCUCCUCCCCGAAGAGGAGGCGUGCAGAGGAGAAGGAUGAAGGCAUUGGCUCACCAGACAUCCUGGAAGAGGAGAAGACUGAGGACUUGAGGAGGGAGAUGAUCGAGCUGAGGCAGCAGCUGGAGAAGGAGCGGUCAGUCAGGAUGAUGCUGGAAGAUCAGAUGCGUUCCCUGGAUGCACAGUUGUACCCAGAGAAACUUAAGGCCAUCGCCCAGCAGGUCCAGGAACAGCAGGUCCAAACACAGACCCUUGUUCAUCUGAACCAGCAAAAGCAGCUGGAGAGGGACCUUACUCCAGUCCACAGCCCGCAGGUGGUGGCUCCAGUUACCCCUCCUGCCCCUACACACCAUGCUACAGUCAUUGUUCCCGCACCGGUCCAAGCCCCUCAACCCCAUCACGUCACCGUGGUAACCAUGGGCCCAGCUUCAGUCAUCAACACGGUGUCCACAUCCCGACAGAAUCUCGACACCAUUGUUCAAGCAAUCCAGCACAUUGAGGGCACCCAGGGAAAGGCUUGUGUUGGCGAGGAAGAGCAGCGAAGGGCCGUCAUCGUCACUUCAGGUCGCGUGCUGUCCGAUGCGGCGGGCUCAGACACGGCUUCAAACAGCGACGGCCCCGAUGACUGUUCCCUCCCUUGAGUCUUUCCCCGGGUUUUUUUCCCACACACGUACACACACACACUUAUACAGUAAAGGCCCAAGCUGACCAGGGCGAUGAGAGGCUUCAAACCCAAAACGCUCUUGUUUAGUGGACAUUAAUACGGCCGGUUGAGAGAUUGAAGCCCUCGUCCUUUUUAUGUUUUUCCUCCUUUUUUUGAAAUACACACUUUUACAUGUUGUACCGUGACAGGCUGCCCACAUAGGUUUACACUUAGACACUCAUACACGUCGCCUCUUCUGGCAUCUUUUAUCUGCUUAUCUCUAUCUCCCUGCUGUCGCACAUGUACACACAGACUCAUAUCAGUUUAUUCAUCUGUAGAACGGUUAUUAGAGCAACUCCACUGACUGAUUGACACACUCACUCUGUCAUAUGGGAUACUAGGAUAUCGAAUGUCUGCUAAACUUUUUCCUCAUUAACCACCGGGACACUUGUCUUUAUUUGGCCCUGACUCCAUGUGACUGAUCUGCAGAACAGCAGUGUGGUAUCGUCAACACCAGAACAUUUUUCUUAAACUUUCCUCUCUCCCAGACCAAUCCAAGCUGUUUGGAGAGACACUGUGAGCUCACAAGACUGUCUCAAAUGUAUAACUCUUAAGCUUCUAGGUGAAAGUUUAGGUUAUUUUACCCUACUUUUUCAUCUUUUUGAUCCUCUCGAGCCUUCCACGACCAGCAUGUUGAAGUGAUUUUACUGGAAAAAAAAACACACACAACAAAAGCAUCACAUUGGCAGGAAAAUUAAAAAAAAAUAAUAAUAAUUGGUGCUCACAGGAAAUAGAAAAGUAGCUUGGGAGGGGAGAGAGUGCACUUAUGGUUCACAACUCUAUUGUUUGUUGUGUUUUAUGGUUUUUACUGGGCUGGGUUCCUGGUAAUCCCACAUGUGUGUUUGGCAUUUUGUUGUUUUUAAUUCAUGACCUGACAAAAAAAAAAGUGGAUGUUCCUUGACACCUGCCCUUCUUGAAUAUAAAAGCACCUGGCUUGUUAAAUAAGCUAAUCUGUGGGCACUCCCGGGUGUAUUCCACAGGUAUAUAUAUAUAUAUGUGUGUGUGUGUCCCUAUUAGUGUUUUAAAUCAGCAGUUAGUGGUUCCCCAGGCUCUGGCAGUCUGCAACAGCACCACGUCUGCCUUGGAAGUUUAACCACACAUAUAUAUGUGCGCAACACUGACACACAUACAAGUACGACUGACCUACAAUCAUUUGUUUGCCAAGGGCUGGUUUUAUUUUGCCCUGAACUGAGAAGUUUCUUGUCCGGAUGUUGGGACGUCUAUCAAAGCAGCGAAUAUGGGGGAAUGGGGAAAAUACCCAGUGAUACUGUUGGAAUGUGUUGUGCAUUUGACUGGGUAGGUCACACAUGCUCUCAUCUCAUCUAACAUCUGUCCUUUUAUGUCCUUUAUUUACAUGUUUCUGCCGCCGCCUUCUUUUUUUUUUUGUUAUUAUUUUUAAACUUGCUCUUUCGCCUGGAACUUUUUGCUUGUGGCAAAUUUUAAAGACGUAGCUGAGAGAGAGGCAACAGCCUUACUAAUAGCCAGUUGGCGCACGGAGGCACUGUGAAACCAGCCUUAAACAGUCUGAGAGCAGUACCCCAACACUUGACGCGUGGGUCAUUGUUUUGGCCCCUGGAAUCUCUCUGGUUCUCAUUUUGCCUUUUUUUCGAAACAGGCAUUUAAACUCAUAGAGUGUGUUUGCAUAUCCAGGACAUGUCUGUUUCAUUUAGGUUUGUUUUUGUUACGCUUGCCUCAGAACCGAACAGGUUGCUGGUAUACCAACUGCAGUUGGGUUCUCAAUUAUUUCCCCCACUCAAGUAUUCAUGGUAUAUCUAAGCACUGCCGUCAUGUAUUUGUAUGUACAUAGAUAUGCAACUGUUUUAGGCCCCUGUCGUGUGCACUACGAUCUGAUGUGUUCGCGGGGGGGAAAAGACUCCAAAAGUAAACGUUGACAUUCCAUAAACCAUAACUCUUUUUUUUCUGACCGCUUGCUUUUCACUUUUAGAGGUUGUUCACAUCACAUUUAAGGCUUUUGACACAUCACUGCUAGUUUUACGAUCACACUUAGUGACAAACUCACUAUGAGAUUUCCCCGCAUCCGUGUUUUUAGAUGGCGCUUUUGAAUUUGCUGGACCGACGAAGUGUUUGAGGGGAACACGUCUCGUCUUUUGUGACUUAUGUCAUAGAAUUGCCCUUUAAGAAAAUAUUGAUGUCCACUCUGCUGAAAUGAGUGACACAUUUUGUCAUGUUUAAUCAUGGGACGUUUUCCCAGUACUUAUUGUAGGUAGGGGCUUCCAGGACAUUGCAAAUGUGGUUUCCGUGCUAUGCUUUUUUGUAGAUCCCUUGCUUUUCCUCAAAGCGUCUGCAUUUGAAUUCCAAAAUUUCUUCUUUGGAAAAAAAAAGAAAAAAAAAAAUCCAACCGUUUUUUUGCACUCGGUUCUGUGUCUUAGGAAAGGUUGAGUGGACAGAUUGGGAUCAUUUAAUGGCGUCAAGAUUACAAAGCACUUACUGUACUGUUGUGGAGUUUAAAAAAGGCGGGGCAUCCGCUCAUCUGAAGCUCUUGAGGUUAUGACUAAAAAGAAAACGCACAGCUGUGUAUCCCCGUUUCCCUCCAUGUCCAAUCCCAUCCUCCAAACCUUUAUUUUUUAUUUUUUGCGAUCUUUAAUGCUGCCUUGGUUCAUCUGUCGUCAGAAUCUCUUGUCUCCCUUCACAUUUCGCAGCUCCUCUCCCUCUCUUUUUGUCUGUUCUUUGUAUGCUAGACCUGUCGUCGCAUAUGGUCGUCAAGACGCUUUUUUCAUUUUGUGUUAUGUUUUUUUUAAGAAAUGUUUUGGGGAUAAAGAGGCUUGUGCCUUUGUAAAGACAGAAUAAUAAAGUUUGUACUUUGUUUUUUACA